AUGUCUCGUCGACCACCUCGAAAAUUCCCUCUUUUCCGUUUACCACGUCUCGCUUUGAUUGAAGUUGUCAAGUGUUGGAAUCCUAUUGAAAUAUACCUCUUCUCAAGAGUCUCUCGGAUGACUAAGGAAAUCUCGAAGUUGAUCAAAAUACCAAAUUUGAGACUACAUCUGGCAUUAUACAAAUAUUAUGAAAAUUUGAAGAAGGAUAUUGGAGUUUUGAAUUUACCACACAAUUACUAUGAAACUGAACGCUCCAUGACAGUCAGGGAGAAUGAGAUAAUGUUGAAAGUCAAUGGAAAAGUGGACGAUCUGAGAUUUCAGUCAAGUGAGAAAUUCAUGGAUCUCGACCAUCUGAUUAGAAUGGACUGCGUCUAUAUGAGUGGAGGAGAGACAUUUCUGACUAAUCGAGAUUUGAAUGUAUUUAUGAAGAAUUGGAAGGAAAUGAAGGCUAACGAGCGAAUGGGAUUGUAUUUUUUUUAUGCGGCGGAGAAGUUGAAUUGGAGAGUCAUUUUGGAAGGAUUGGAUGGAGAGAUAAGAGAUGUUCGCACAGUUAGACGGGAAUAUACGUCCCCUUGGAACGGCACGCAAAUAUUCAAAGUGAAUGGAGGAGUGGAUAUUACGAGAACCGAUGGAAAAGUUGCCACAAUUGGAAUGACAUUUCAUAUGAUAUUUCAAGAUGAACCGUUGUCUCGUGAAAUGAUACGUGACUAUCAGAGAUUGAUUCAAAACAUGGAUGAACAAGAGAUGGAUAUGAACUUCGUGCAUGAUCCGGAAUAUAAACUAACUGCUGAACAACGGAAGGCAUUCUUCGUCAUGGUUAAGUGA